AUGGAAGGAGGCAACAGUCCAAAUCUGCAACUUCAGCAACUCCCAUUGGCCACACCAGCAGUUUCUGUGCAGCCACACACUGACUCCUUUUCUUACAAGGAGAACUUGAUUGGUGCAUUACUAGCUAUUUUUGGGCAUCUUGUUAUCAGUAUUGCACUCAACCUGCAGAAAUACAGCCACAUCCGACUGGCAGGUUCCAAAGACCCCCGAGCCUACUUCAAAACCAAGACAUGGUGGUGUGGACUGUUUCUGCUGGUGCUGGGAGAACUGGGAGUGUUUUCCUCUUACGCCUUUGCUCCUCUCUCACUGAUUGUGCCACUCAGUGCGGUGUCUGUUAUAGCUAGUGCAAUCAUAGGAAUUAUAUUUAUUAAAGAAAAAUGGAAGCCCAAGGAUUUUUUGAGGCGCUAUGUUUUGUCCUUUGUAGGCUGUGGUUUGGCAAUUGUUGGAACUUAUCUGCUGAUAACAUUUGGACCUAAUAGUCAUGAGAAGAUGACAGGAGAAAAUAUCACUAGGCAUUUAGUGAGCUGGCCAUUUCUGUUGUAUAUGCUUGUGGAGAUCAUCAUAUUCUGCCUGCUACUAUAUUUUUACAAAGAGAAAAAUGCAAACUACAUUGUAGUUAUUCUUCUGCUGGUAGCUUUGCUGGGUUCCAUGACUGUUGUGACCGUGAAGGCUGUGGCAGGCAUGAUUGUUGUCUCGAUACAAGGAAACUUACAACUCGACUACCCUAUAUUUUAUAUCAUGUUGGUGUGCAUGAUUGCUACAGCGAUCUUUCAAGCAACAUUUUUAGCUCAAGCCUCACAGCUGUAUGACUCAUCUCAGAUUGCCAGCAUCGGCUAUAUCCUGUCCACAACAGUAGCAAUCACAGCAGGAGCAACUUUUUACUUGGACUUCACUGGUGAAGAUGUUCUCCAUAUAUGUAUGUUUGCGCUUGGGUGCCUCAUAGCAUUUCUAGGUGUCUUCCUGAUCACAAGAAAUAGGAAGAAAUCUGUACCGUUUGAACCUUACAUAUCAAUGGAUGCUAUGCCAGGCAUGCAGAACAUGCACGAUAAAGGGAUUGCAGUUCAGCCUGACCUCAAAGCUUCUUUUUCCUACGGUGCCCUAGAGAGCAAUGACAACAUGCCGGAAAUUUAUACUCCAGCUACGUUGCCGAUUGUGCAGGAGCAACAUGGUUCCAAAGGAGUUUCUGCUCCACCUUACCGGGUGCUGGAGCACAGCAAAAAGGAGUGACUGACCUUUAAGGAACUGAUUUGAAUCAUUAGAAGUAUGAUCUUUAUUUAUUUACACAUUAAAAUAUAAGCAAGUGUAAAGCCAACCUUGAUAUAGUUUAAAGCUUGUCUCAAACUUAAUUUCAAGGCUGAUUAUUAAAAUAAACAACUCUCUAUAGUUGUGAAGUUGAAAGCAUUCAUCUUAGCAAGAAGUAAAUCACAUUUCUCCGUUGAAGGCUGCUGCCUGGAAGCGUGAAAUGGUGAGUGCAGUAUCAUGACAGUAUGAAACCGAUGAGAUAGCAGAUGCUGUGAAAAUGCAGAGCUGUGGGAAGAGAAGUGGCAGUGCAAUUUUUAGUCCUGCUGGGAGUGGGUUUACCUUCAAAUAGAAGUUUUCAGGAGUUGCUCACAGAGAGAGGAGGGCAGGAUUUAAUCUUUCAUAUAUAGAGAGACUGACGGAUUUCCAGAAAAGUUGCAAAUCCUCAUGUCUCUAGCGUAACCACCAAACUACCUUAACAUGGCAAUAAAAUGUAAUUGUUUUCCAGCACGAA